UUCCCGGAGUCAGAGUGGCACACGCUUGUUCGCCGUGGUACAUUUAUUUUACGCCGAACCGACGGUACAGAGCGUAGCGGAUCCUAGCGGACACAUCGCAGUGUGGUCGGUUUUAUUUUGCUCAAUAUCCGGUUCCACACACAGCACCGCGCCGCGCGUAGUGUGUCGGGCAUUAGUUUUUAGUGGGGGGUUUUGUUUUACACCGUGCGUUGUUUUGCUGGUUAGGUCGCGGGUCUCUCAACAUUCCUUGCGAAGUCGAAGAAUUUUGGAUGUGAAUUUACGUGCAACUCUACGUGUGUAUGCGUUCGUGUUUUUGUUUUACCACACUACGGCCGUGCUUUUGAAUGCGCUUGUGAGUCCGUGUGUGUGUGUACAUUUGUGGUGAAUUGUGUAGUGUGACGUGAAGUGUCGUGUCCUGCUGUCCCACGGUGCUAUUGCUCCGUAACAUUAGUCGCCGCUGAAAAAGGAGUCCCCCAGAACCCCGGCACACAGUCCCUGCGGUAAACGGAACAGCGGGUGGUGGUCGUCGGCCUAGUCUACAUAGGUGUUUAUGUGUGUGCGUGUGUGUGUGCUAGUCCUGUUUGUCUGCAAUCAACCGGUUCGGUGGUGCGGGGGGAUAUCUUCCCGGGGUUUUCAACCGAAACUCCCUUGCAUCAAGGCGCUCUGAAGGUACAGGAGCCCGCACUACCGGAGGAUUGUCUGUUCCUCUUCAUUUUGUUGUUGUUGUUGGAAGGUACAGGAACGUAUCCACCGGCCAAUCCUCCCUAUCAACCCAGGUACGCGACACAACAACGCCACAGAGUACUCCCGAAUUGCUCAGGAAAAUAUCGGUGUACAUCAGGAAACAAUAAAUUAGGAUAAACAAAUCGGUCGGACUUAAUUCGUAGAGCUACUCGUACGGGUACAAAGAGCAAUAGCAUUUCUAACAUAGAAGCUGAUAUAGCUGAAACUCAGUUCGUUGAAGUCAUCCCAGUAUCACGCACCAACUCCAGAUACCCUCCCCAAUAUAUCACCCCCCUGCGGGAUCGUAGUGUGCGAGAAUGGAUGAUUUUUCGCUAGCCUUCGACGACAAUCGCCAGUCACUCUCGGUGGCAACGGCAGCCACCACGCUGGCUCAGCUCACGUCGCAGUUCGAUGAUCUACAUCUUGGCAAUGGCGAUGCGACGGCGGCCAGCCUGCUAAACGGACUAGUCGGUAGCGGGCUCAGCAGCAUCAGUGGCCUACACAGUCACCAUCAUCACACGCUAGCCUCGUUAGCCGGCGCAGACAGUGGGCUGAUCGAGCGGCAUCACCAUCUGAACGGUGGCAUUGGCAAUGGUUGCGGUAACGGUGGUACUGGCACCGGUGGACAAUCGGCCAACGCCACCAACGUACUGGACACGUUCGUUGCGAUGGUUAGCGGGCUGACCGGUGUGUGCGCGAAUGGGCCCACCAAUGGCGGUGGGAACGGCGGCAUAACGCAGCAGGGCGGUGGCGGUGGUAAUAACACCACCAACACCAACAGCACCCUGAACAGCACCAACAGCAAGCUUGAGGAGCGCCCGGUAAAGUAUAAAUCGCACACCGAGUGCGUCCCGGUACCGUCGUCCGAGCACGUGGCGGAAAUCGUUGGCCGACAGGGUUGCAAGAUCAAGGCGCUACGGGCCAAAACGAACACCUUCAUCAAGACACCGAUCCGGGGCGAGGAACCGAUAUUCGUCAUCACCGGCACGAAGGAGGACGUGACGCGCGCCAAGCAGGAGAUCCUCUCGGCGGCGGAUCACUUCAGCACGUUACGUUCGUCGAAGAAGCAGGCGAUCGCGCUGCUGGCGGAGAGUCGCAACAUGCUCGGGUACAGCAUGCCGGAUGAGAUCACGAUCCAGAUACGGGUGCCGCAGAAGGUGGUCGGGUUGGUCGUCGGUCCGAAAGGUGCGACGAUCAAGAACAUACAGCUCAAAACGAACACGUACAUCAUCACUCCGAAGCGCAACCAGGAGUCGGUGUUUGAGAUAACCGGGCUGCCGACGAACGUGCACACGGCACGGCAGCUGAUCGAGGAGCACAUCGCAACGCGGGCCGGCACAACGUCGGCCACUGCCGGUGGCGGUGGCGGCGGUGGGAACGGUGGUGGCGGCAGCAGUGCUGGCAGUGGUAGCAGCAGCAGUAGCAGCAGUAGCAGCACCACCAGCUCGAGCGGUUCGUCCUCCUCGUCCGGGCACGGUAUCGGGACGGGCGGCCUUAGCCGGUCCGGUUCCUCCAGCGUGGCCAGCAAUGGGAACGGUCCGAACCUGGGGUGUCUGUCCGGUAGCGUAACCGGCAGUGCGGGCUCCCUCAUCGGCGGUUUUCUCGGCGGUGGCGGUGGUGGAGGGGGCGGUAACGGUCUGCUCAACGGGAACCAGUACCAUCACCCCCAUCACCAUCUGCAGGAGCAGCAUCCGCACCAUCAGCAGCAGCAUCAUCAUCAUCAUCAUCAUCAUCACCACCAGGGGACACUACUGAACAGUGGUCUGUCGAGUGCCUUGAACGACGGUGGCAGUAACGGUGGGGGCGGUGGCCUGCUCGGUGGCAUUGGUGAGCAUGACUUCGAGGGCAACCAGUUCAUCAUCGAGAAUCUGCUCGAGUACUUCAACAAUAUGUCCGGCACGAACGCUUACAACUCGCCGACGUCGAUGGGCGGUGGUGGACCGGGUCUCCCAACCGGUACGGGCACGGAACACAUUCCGGACUUUCGCAGCAUCUGGGAGAAUCUGAGCGAAAGCCAAACGUCCGUCACGACCACCGACACAGACAAUUCGUCGCUCGUCUGGACGCUGCCGUCCUCACCACGGAACUCCGUGUCGUACAGCCCGGACGACUUUAUCUUUCAACGAUAAUUCGUUCGAUGCUGUGUGGACUCGUGGCAUUACUUAUUAUUAUUAUUUUCGCACAAACCGAAAUGAGACGAAUGUGGGCGCUUAGCUGGUGCGGCACAUCAACGGCAGGAAACUGUACAAGCAAUACCGCGCGAGACAUUGCUAACUCGGUGUACGCAAAAUUAAUGAACAGAAAACGAAUUAAGCGAAGGAACGGGAAAUGAUAGGAGGGUGAAGCGUGGAUUCUAGCGAUCGGUUCGAACCGAUCGGCAAACACAAAAAAAGGCUACACGAAAAGGUCACCGCGCAAAGUGUACAUAUAGAGAUUUACAUUCACACUAAUUUAUAAGCUUGUUUUGCAUGUGUACCCCAGUUGUUAAUCGAUUAGAUCCUGUGAGGUUAUUAGAUUUUGCUUUACAUCCCGUUUCGAGUUGUUCUAUUUUUAUUGCGAUUUAAAUAUUUUUUUUUCUAUUUUUUUAUUAUUAAUUAUUAUCAUUGUGACAUUAUUGUUCCGAUCAAAUUGUGUAUUGUGAAAAUUUUAUACUACGAAAGAGAAUUACGCUUUUCUAGAGAAGAACUAGUUUUGUGAAUCAUUGUUAGGUUGCUAAAUUAGCUCUGUUUUUCUUUUGCGUAUGCUAAACGAUCUAUAGCCGCCCACCAAAAAAAAAAAGGGAAAAACUUAUGGUACCAGUGUACAUCGGCUAGAUUGUAUGAUAGCUACUGUUAGCAGAGGAGAACAGUUUAUAGCACAGCACAGAUUGUUUUAUAUGUGUUACAUAAAUACGUUUUGAUUCUUUUAAUAUAGUACGCAGCAUCCCAGUCAAAAGAAAUGUUAUCGAUUGUGAAUAUUAAAGGCACUUGAACACUCAAAGCACACACGCAAGAAAGGGAAGAGACAGGGAGAUGAGGAAGAGCACGUGCCUGGGUAGGACGGUGGGAUGGCUCUAAACGAUGUCGCAUAUUUCCAAACUACUGCUAGUGACAGAGGUACGUACCGGGAAGAGUAUCAGCAUAUUCGCAUUGUUGUAGAAAACUCAUCAUGUUGAAGAGUCGUACAUUCUUUUUUGUAUCGGCAAAAAAAAACCCGACGAGGUUAAAUGCCUGCCAUUUAUGGUUUACUUUGGCGCCAUCCUCACUUUCCCUUCCAAGCCAUACUGAAGUUCCCAUUCGCUCGUUCGCGAGUUUCCUUCCGGUAUUGUAUGCGUUUAGUGCGCACGGUGUUUAAGAUGCGUAACACAAAAGCGAAUAUUAUUUGUCGUAGUCAGUUAAGCAUAGAUGAAGAAGAGUAAGCAAAACGUGCAAAAGUGUGUGUGUGGGUGGGUGGGAUGGUAAAACGUAUGAAAAUGAUAAUUUUUACACGAUGGAAAUGGCCCCAAUGAUUGACUUCCGUUCGUAAGGAAAUCGUAACACAUCGCACCACGUACGUAACGAGGGAUGUGGAUAGGCGAGCGAAACAAUUAGCGGAAGGAUAUAUCGCGUUAUUUUCGUGUAUCAGCAUGUGUGAAUACAUGAAUAAUACAAUAAUUCAUCAACAUCACACACAUCCCCUCGAAACUGAUUUAGCAAGGAAAGCGAUUUCUUAUAAGUAAUGAACACUCUAAAUGCAGUGAUGCCAGAGAAGCGCAAGCGGUGUAUAGAAGAAAUAUUUAAAAUUAAUAUAUAUAUAUAUAUACAUAUAAAUGCCUAAUACGGAUAUAAUAUGAAGGCAACCGAACGAAACAGGGGACAUCAACAGUUGAUUAGUGGAGAGAGAAAAAGAAAGAGCGCUAGUGGAAGGAAAAGAAAGUGAAACAUAAACAUGAGUUAAGAAUAGAUGAAGUUUGAUGUUUGUUAGAUUAUCUUUCUGUUCUAUUAUGUCCUAGCAUCGACAACCGUGUUGCGGCGUGAGAGUAAAUGUUAUAGCUUAUUAUCAGUUUAUUUUUCCUUUUUUGUUUGUACUUUUGUAUUCGAUACUAGUGCGUACUCAAAAGCGUUUCGAUUGGAAUUAUCGCGUGUAAAACGGAACAGUUAGAUAAUGCAGAACACGGCACCACGAGAAUAGAAUCUAUAAUAGAAAUAGAAGCGCAACCGGCCACCAUCUUUACUGCAGGAUAUGAGAUCGUUUAAAAUUUGGGCGCGUGCUCUUCCUUUUUUUUGUGGUUGUUGUUGUUUUUUUUCUUAAACACACGGACGAAAGUCAACGAUAAAGGAAGGAGAGAUUUCUCCCAAGGGGGGGCGGUUAAAAGCGGAUUGGUUCAUAUUAUUAUUUUUUUUGCUAAUCGUGGGUGCAACAAUGUAAUGGUUAAUUUAUUUUCUGCAUAGUUUAUUUUUAUGAUUCGGAGAGUAUUUAUACAUCGGUAUCGGAUGGUGUAACGCAGAUACAAUUGUGCCGUGGGGUGCGUUUCGUGAUGAAGUGCUUCAAUAGCCGAGAUAGAUAGAUAGUUACAUAGUUAGUGAGUGAGACACAACAACCGCGGUACAGAGGAUGAAGAAAUAUGGGAUUACAACAAUCCCCAAAUGCAAAAGAAGACAACACAAUAGAGGAUGAGAUAUUAGUUCAGAGGAUAAUAUAAAGUUUGCGGAAAAUAACGCAUGAAGAAAUGAAACCAUUUGCCAAGGCGCUUAAACUAAUCAAACAUUGGAAGGGAGUGAUGGAAACGAGAUAACAAUGGGAAAACAGAGUGAAAAUAUUAUUAUUAUCAAAUAUAUGUAUGUUAAUCUA